UUGAUGAGGUGUCCAUCGAAGGAGUGACGGCCCUUUGACAGCGGCCACGCGCGUAACAGGAAAUGAGCCCUUAGAGCAGACCGGACGAUCUAGUCAAGAGGACACGAAAGUACACACGCACUGAACUUGUACUCCACUCACCAGAUCCAACUCCCAGAUCACACGAGAAAGCGAGCGUAUUCACAAACACCUACAUACAUCAUACCCACCAAGCACACACUACCACGACAUAAGCGAUGGGCAACCCAGUAUACGCCGUCGCAAUAGCCGCAGCAACCGUCUUUGCGCUCGCUGCCAAUGUCUUCCCGGACGCGCUGGAGCGGCUGGGCGUGUCGAAGGACUGGAUACGCGAGCAGCCUGUGUCGAGGGCUCGGAGGGCGCCUGUACGGAUAACCCAACCCAAAUCGACGAGCGACUGCCUAAACCCGUCCUUUGGACACGCGGCAUCGCUAUUUCACCUGUUUGUGAAGGAUACGGUUGCGUCCGAGGGGGAGUCGGUCGUGCAUGGCCGCCUAGCAGUCGGUGGCGCCGCCGACCUCACCGGCUGGUCCAUCGGCGCAUCCAUCUUCCCACAACCACAAACCUGCGCCGCGCUCAGCCAGGCGCGCAUCUACCCGUACGCCCUAACCACCGGCUCCACCCUCACCAUGUCCUCCGGCAGCGUAACCAACGGCCACAUCGGCACUAACGGCGCGCCCAGCAACACCACCAAGUUCCAAAUAGGCGACGCCGUCCAGCGCGGCCUAGUGUCGCGGCAGUGCGGCGUGGAGGAUAUCGCGGAUCUGGAGUUUGAUUUCAGCGAGACGCAGAAGGAGGUGGAGAUGAUUUCAAAGAAGUUGUUUGAGCUGGAGCAGACGGCGUGGGUUGGGUUGGAGAGGAUUGCGCCGCCGAAGAUGGUUAUUAAGUUGGGCGGGAAUGUGACGGAGGUGGCGUAUAUGGAUGCGGAGUCGUUGGCGGUUUCGAAACUUGUUGCGGUGCUCUCGAAACCCGUUAGAAUGACCCCCGGCACAACAAUCAUCAUCAACAUCUUCGGAUCACCCGACAUCCAUCUCAGCGGCAUCGACACGAGCAUCUUGACCUUCCCCAACAAGAUCCUGUGGAACUUCCCUGAGGCGACAAACAUCUUGUUCGAGGACACGGAUUGGUAUGGGACUGUGUUGGCGCCAAGGGCGCAUGUUGUCCUGAAAUCCGCCCGCCUCCUCGGCUCCCUCUACACCUCCUCCCUCACCAGCACCUCCUCCACGCUCAAACCGCCCGCCUUCGACGGCUGCCUGCCCCUCGGCCACCUCCCUUCUAAGCUCCUCCUCCAGCGAAAGCGCCGUGCCGUUCCCGCAUUCAACGCUGCCGCUCAGGCGACGACCACGGUGACGCAAACGGUGACGGUGACGCGCACGAAAGCGUGUCGGAUGGACCCGACGCCGACGAUCGAGACGGGGGAGAUGAGUGAGAGGGGGGAGGUGCAUGUAUAGGGAGUGAGGAAGGUUUUCUGUCAUUCGAUAGGCGAUUGGGCUCUGGACGGUGUGCUGUUGUGUUAUGCUC